AGUAACCCUUUGAUCAUUACUCAUGCAAAAUUCUUUUCUCUAGUCAUACAUUUUAGGAGCCUCCAAAACUGACAGUGGUGAUGUCGCGCUACCAGUACGCCGAUCAAAUCUUGGAGGCCUUCAACGUGUUCCAUCGUCCCCUGCUCCUCGAGGAGGUGGCCACCUAUGUGGCCGAAAUGCAGUCCAAGACCGUGGAAGAGGUGCGACUGGCGGUGGACAACACGCUGACAGCCGGCUGGAUGCACGGAUUCCUCACCAUGAAGGAUGGCCUGUUCACGCUGAUCUGCGGCUACUGGGACGAGGAGCCUCUGGUUUCGGGCAAGAAGAGGACACGCCACUCGGCGAAAACUAUGCUGAGGAGUGCUUAGCAGUUCAUAAACACCUUCUUGCUUCUUAUACACUAACUUUAUAGGAAAAGUAAUAUAUAUUAAAAAAAAAAACUCCCUACUAA